UUUAUAGAAUGCCUCCAAAGGUAGAAGAAAUUGAUGGUAAUAAAAUGCAGAAGCAGAAUUCAACUCCAUUGCAGUUCUUGGUCUCCAAACCAUCAGUUAUUAAUGAGAUAUGAAGAUCGUCAGAUUCCAUAGACUGUCAAAUUGGCAAGAUAGGGCCCUACAUACUGACAGUCAGUCAAUCAGAUAUUUAGAGAACACAUUAUCUGAUGAGAAAAGUGUAUUCAGAGCAGUUCUACAUGCCACGCCUUACGAACACACCUCCGCUUUAUAUAAAGCAUACUCUUAUGCAGCCGCGCAUAACAAGUUUUUAUGGAGUGAGUUCCCAGCCAGCAACAUCGCCCCCUGUGAUCGCCCCACCUUCAAGGCUAUGGCUGAGGAAUUUGUACAAAAAGAGGAAGAGCACCGACUGUACGUGCUGUAUGAAACGUCGUCGCUUAGACCAUGGCAAGCCUACGUGCUGGAGAGGACUCGCAGCCAGACGGACAGACAGAUUACCUGGAUCUACGAUGUCACCGGCAAUUCGGGUAAAACGUUUCUAGCCCUGUACAUGGUCGCAACAUGUAACGCUUACCUGAUAGAUGGACACAACAAGGGGGACAUAGCACGAGCUUACAAUAAACAACCACUGGUAGUGUUCUCGUAUGCCAGACAGACAGACGAUUCAGGAAUUAACUAUGGAUUAAUGGAAAACUUUAAAGAUGGAUACUUGUGGUCACCUAAAUAUGACAGUAAAAUGAUGUUCUUUAACUCUUGCAAGGUAUUAGUUAUGUGCAACUGCAAACCGGACUUGGAGAAAUUAUCUCCAGAUAGAUGGGACUGCUUUUCGCAAACUCUGCAGGGGUUAAGACCCGGAUUACUUGAUUAGAUACUGGAUUGUUAUAUACCAAGGACUUGUAACAAUAAGACGCAGAAACUGUAUAAAUUUAUUUGAUAUAUGUUUAUUAAUA